AUGGAUGCUGUUAAGCCAUGCAGAUUGUUAUCAGCAGUUGUUCUUGUUGUAGCAUGCCUAAUUCAAUUCAUUGGAGCUCAAAAUAUUGCUCAUUUUGAUGAGGUGUGGCAGAAGAGAGCUCAUGAAGCCAAGAAGGCCUCUCAAGCAGCCUACCACCCAAAUCCUUCAGAAGUUACCAAUCAAUUGAAUCAUCACAUCCACCAGACCUAUAAAGGACACAACAACACAAGAAGGCACCUACGCAAAUACGAAGGGCAAUGCUUGGCCACAAACCCCAUCGACCGGUGCUGGAGAUGUGAUAAAAACUGGGCUCAAAACCGCAAGAAACUAGCCGGUUGUGCGCUAGGGUUUGGCCGAAGGGCUACUGGAGGCAAGGAUGGGAAAUUCUACACGGUCACGGACCCAUCAGACAAUGACCUGGUGAACCCUAAACCAGGCACCCUGCGCCACGCAGUGACUCGCCCGGAGCCACUUUGGAUCAUAUUUGCCCAUCAUAUGGUGAUCAGGUUGAGCGAAGAGCUCAUCGUGACCAGUCACAAGACCAUUGAUGGGCGUGGGGCUCAAGUGUUCAUUAUCAAUGGUGGACAAAUCACUCUUCAAUUUGUGAAGAAUAUCAUCAUCCACAGCCUCCACAUCCGCGAUAUUAAGGCUGGUAAUGGUGGCACAAUCAGAGACUCCAUUGACCACUUCGGCUCCCGAACACGUAGUGAUGGAGAUGGAAUCUCAAUAUACGGAUCCUCUGACAUUUGGAUUGAUCACAUUUCCAUGUCUAAUUGCAUGGAUGGAAUGAUAGAUGUGAUAAUGGCGUCCACUGCCAUUACCAUAUCUAACUGCCAUUUCACACACCAUAACGAUGUGAUGCUGUUUGGUGGAAGUGACAGCUAUUCAGAUGAUCAAGUGAUGCAGAUAACCCUUGUAUUCAACCACUUUGGGCAGGGAUUGGUGCAAAGGAUGCCCAGGUGCCGAUGGGGAUUCAUCCAUGUUGUGAACAAUGACUACACUCAUUGGCUCAUGUAUGCCAUUGGUGGCAGCAAAAACCCCACCAUUCUUAGCCAGGGUAACCGCUUCAUUGCACCCCCAAAUAAAAAUUGCAAAGAGGUGACAAAGAGAGACUAUUCACCUGAAAGUGUCUGGAAGUCAUGGAAUUGGAGAUCAGAGGGAGAUCUGAUGAUGAACGGAGCCUUCUUUGUUCAAUCUGGAAGACCUGUCAAACCUCCAAACAAGAAGGAUAUGAUCAAGGCAAAGCCUGGGACAUUUGUGACCAGGCUUACUCGCUUUUCAGGCACUCUUAACUGUGCUCCAAACAAGCCAUGCUAGUCUGUAUUAUGUUAUAAGAUUGUGCAUAGACACACGGACUUUCAAAUUUAACUCUGUAUAUAUAGUUAAUUAAAAAAGAUCAGCUUUAGUGAUGACUAUUGACUAUUCCAUCAUAGCGAUUUUGAAGCUUAUGAUGUGCGGGAAAAAGCAAAAAGGAAAGGGUAUGAGAGAUACAAAAGAAGUUUUGUAAUUAAUGAAGUCAACCAUCUCUGCAAUGUAUGAACUAAUACUGUGAUGAAAACGUUUUUCCAUUAUCUUGUUUCUUAUCUGGUGUGAAAAACAUAUGAGAAUUUGAGAAAAGAUGUGCACGGGAGCGAAACAAAGAAUGAUAUGACAUGAAACAAAGUAUGUGUAGUUUUUGACAAGAUUGAAUUGCAUAUGAGUAUCCUAGUAGACCCCAGAGAGAAAUGACAAUUAAACUUGGAAAAUUAUAACAUUUAGCACUGCAAUAUAGAAACAACAAGAAAUGAAAAUAAUGUAAGAAGGAAAAUUAAAAUGAUUCUCAUUAACUGACUAGGAGAACUUUCCAGACUGGUGCCCUAUGCAUUGCACGAGGCUGAGUUUUAUUUAUUAUUAUUUUUUUUUCAUGAAGUAUACAAGGAAAAAAUUGAAUCAAAGAAUACAUAUCAGAUUGAGCUACAGCUAGUGUAGGCUCACAGGUUUAUUGUUUGCCCUGCCACUCCACCCUGUUCUCAGUGAAAAUCCAUGAUACCAAUGGCCAGCGGAUUCUGAUCUGCAAGCUACAGCUAGUGUGCACUACAAUUGCUUUCCGGUUGAACAGAGCAAUCAACAAAUGUAUUUGGACUUCUAUGAGAGACCAUAACCAAUUUAUCUCAGGGCUUUCCGGAAAAAUGGAAACACUUCCAGAAUGUAGCAUUCAAACCAUUCUUCUCAACAUGAACUGUAGCCCAGUCAUGUCCUCAGCUAAUCACCACAGUUUUAUAUUGGUUUGUGGCAGAAUUAACAUUUCUAUCAAUUUCUAUCUCAUUUCCUCUUUUGAACGGAUUUUAUACCUCAUUUAUAACUAGAAUAUUGGUAGACAACAUUCAGAUGAUGCAGAACAAGGAACAAUAAAAUCUUCAAAAGGUAACAUUUACUUCAUUUUUUUAAAAUAAAAAAGACUGACCUAGUGACCUCUUCAGUUGACUGUUCCAAGAUUUUCAACUUUUGGUCUCAAGGCUCCUCAAGUUCAAGAAACUUGGCAAACUGUAGAUGCAUCAAAACAAAAUGAACAAUGUUUAACAACUACUUUACGAUGGUUACACAUGAUAUAAAUAGAAAUACCAUUGGCACACAGUUCACAUAAUCACAUAAACGCAAAGUUACAAUCGAAACGAAUAAAAUAUUAUGGCUCAUGCAUCUGAAAUACAUAUAAAUAGGAAUUUUUUUGCACAGCACCAGAGAUAUUUUGAGUUUGAUCCCACUCUAAAGAUGGAUUGCUACCUUCAACUAUCCCUGUUCCAGCGUAGAUCAGUGCACUAAGACCCUAGGAAUUUAAACUGUGUGCAUUAAGGCAUUGGCACAGCAUGUGCACAAAAAUGAUAUGAACCAUUACUAUAAACACCCGCAUGAUUAAUCUGUCUUUCACUAAAUUUCCCUGCUUGAAGAGUUAUUCCAAGUCAAAGGAAACAAGAAAAAAAGUGAGAGCUACUCUUCCUACAUUUGGUUCCAUAAAAAAUUCAAAUACUCGAAAAGAAGUCAGCAGGAGGAUUUAUUUAGCUAACCUUUUUUACUAGUGCUGACCUGAUACCGACAGCAAACUCAGUCUCUCCCCCUCCAAGCCAACCAAUGGGUCCAGCAUACAUCCCUCUGUCAAAUACUUCUGUAAAAAUAUAAUAAAUUUUGGCAUACAUAAAUUAUCCACAUGAUUAGCAAACAUGUGCUAGAUAUUGAGGUUCCAAAAAUAUUGCACGUAGAAAAAUUUGAGAAAUAGUGCUUAUUGCUACUAUUCAUGGAUAAGAUUUUGUUCUUGUAAUAGGUUGAACAUAUUAAUAACAAAAAAUGCUUGAUGAGAGCUACUCUUCCUACAUUUGGUUCCACCAUUGCUCAAAUUGCAAUUGAUAAAGGAACUAAAAUUACAUCAUUGAAACAACAGAUGGGUGAAAUCCCAAUAGUAUUGAAGAAAAAUAUCCUGAAUUGUUUGUCACUCUUCCAAAUCAAGUCCACCAAUCCGAUGCCGUCUCCUGUCAAAAACAGAUCUGAAGGACUCUUGCUCUUCACGCAGUCGCUCCUGGAA